UGUCUCCACUGUAUACGUGCCUUUGUGUACGGCUACGACUCGACCCUAAUGGCCUCGCAGCAGCCGUGAAACCGGGAGCUCACACCGAACAGGGCGGCCCUGUUCACCCAUAGCUCGUCUCCAAAUGCGUCCUGGUGUGGCGGGCAUCGCGCUGGAGAUGCUGGGCGGUGCUACCUGCCGGGCCAGGCCGAGGCUCAGCCGCCUCUUGCUGGCCCCCGUCACCAAAACAGUCCCGCCGAUGUCAAAGACGACAAGCCAGAGAUUUCGCUCCACGUCGUCGAUGCAGGGAUACACGGAGCUGGCCAGGGAGAGGUCGAAAACUGUCACGUCGUUUUACAACCAGUCCGCUAUUGACACUUCGGCAGAAAAGGCCUCUGUGCGGCUGACCCCAGCCACCCUGCUGUAUGCUGGGAAGUCUCCUGAUGGACACCACAUCUUGAGCAGUGCCAAGUACCUCCACAAGGAGCUGCCUGUACGCAUCGCCCAUCGCAUAAAGGGCUUUCGUAAUUUGCCCUUCAUCAUAGGGUGCAACCCCACCAUUCUGCAAGUGCAUGAACUCUACAUCCGAGCCUACCAUGUACUUAGUGACUUUCCCCCGAUCACGGACCAAGAGUUGGAGACUCGUUUCAGCAAGCUGGUGCAGCAGCUCCUGGAUGACCACAAAGAUGUGGUCACCAUGCUCGCCGAAGGCUUCAGGGAAUGUCGCAAACACAUCCAGGAUGAGACGAUCAUCCGCAACUUUCUUGACACCACACUGUGCUCUCGCCUGGGAAUCCGCAUGUUGGCUACACACCAUCUUGCCCUCCAUGAAGACAAUCCUGAUUUUGUGGGGAUCAUAUGCAGGCGUCUCUCCCCAAAAAAGAUUAUUGAGAAGUGGGUGGAUUUUGCAAGGCGUCUGUGUGAGCACCAGUAUGGUAACUCUCCCAGGGUGAGGAUCAACGGCCACGUUGCCGCUCGCUUUCCCUUCAUCCCUCUGCCACUGGAUUAUAUCCUGCCUGAACUCCUCAAGAACGCCAUGAGGGCGACUAUGGAGAGCCAUCUGGACACUCCAUACAAUGUGCCCGAUGUGGUGGUCACCAUUGCCAAUAAUGACACUGACUUUGUCAUCAGGAUUUCAGACCGUGGUGGCGGCAUUCCUCACAAUAUAAUCGACAAGGUGAUGGACUACCACUUCAGCACAGCCGAGGAGAGUGCGCAGGACCCCCGCAUGAGUAACCUCUUAAAUAACAUUACCAACAGCGGCCCCCAGUCUGGCCCCAUGCAUGGGUUCGGCUUCGGGCUGCCCACAUCCAGGGCCUACGCCGAGUACCUUGGCGGCUCCGUGUCCAUUCAGUCAAUGCAGGGCAUCGGCACCGACGUCUACCUGCGCUUGCGUCACAUUGACGGAAAGGGAGAGAGCUUCCGAGUCUGAAAGCCUCCCGCUGCUCAUCCUUACAGACCCCGCCAAGGAAUCAGGGCGCCGCAGGAGCACAGAGUUCCCCAUCAGGAAAGCAUGUCUGUUUCAAAGCUAGCGUUGGGCUACAAUAAAUACUUAAAGUGAUAGCCUGUAUGUGAUCAGAAAGCUCCUCAAUUCACCACCCCGCUACUUGUCCUUCUUUGCCUUAGAUUCUUUAUAAGCUGUGUUUGCUGUCGCGUUGGUCAUUGCAGUUUUCUUUUGUGUUUUGUACCCUGUGGCAUGUCCUCGUGAAGUUUAGAAGGGGUUUAUGGACCUCUGAAUGUUUAGCUCGUCAGGACAGAGAGUGCAUGGCCGUGUCAAUCCGAUGUUUAAUGAAGUAGAGCGGGGAGAGAAACGACUUCAGUUUUAAAGAAGUUAGUCACUGAGUAACCUCUCCAAAAACAUGAAAACGACACUUUUCAAGGAAAAGACUUCAAGUGAAGCUGCCUAGAGGCAGAUUUCCUUCUUACACUCCAGUGACCCUGUCUGUUCUUUUUUUUUUUUUUUUUUUUGACAAAGCUGCACAAAUGUUGCUUCAUAUUUUAAUAAAACCAUAGUAUUGCGGUACCAAAUCCUUACGGUACACGUUGGCAGUUUUCUCUUAUUGUAUCAAAAUCCAAGGUCUCUAAGGGAAAACGGCUUCUUCUGUCAGCAGCUCAACUUCAGUAUCCACAUUUUCAAGCUGAUUGGCUUGCCAGUGCCAUUAGCCUCACCCCUCGACAACCCUUGGCUGUAUUCUCCAAAAACCUCUCACCUGUGGACGGUAACUCCAGAAGAAACUGCCAAGACACCGAAUGCUCAUUAAUAGUUUUCUCUCUCGUUUUCUAUUUUGAGAGCAAAGAGUCCAGGAUGAAUCCGGUCUGUUCCGCAGCGUUUUUAUCGAGCUCUCAGGCAGGAAAGUGAGCAGAGAUGUUCAGUUGCCUUACUGCGUGAUACUAGACUUUCAACUUCAUGCAGUCAUUUACUUUAUUCUCUUUUGUUGUUGCCUUUAUCAGUUCACACACAUAUGUACACAGGGCUGAUAGCAUUCCAGAUCUCCGGUGUACCGGCGUGACUGUGGAAAAAAAAAAAAAGGGUUCGUCCAGAUUUAUCUAACAGACAUUUCUCUGGAUCCAAUAGAAGCGCAGCUUUUGUUCUCAGCCACACUAACAAUAGGUCUACUAGCCAGUCAGAAGUAGAGCGCGGCGGGACUUGGGUGUUGACAAUCAGGCGCUCCAUGUGCCGUCGAAAGUGAGCCUCAUUAGCCUUCAGUGACGCGCUGCAACCCACAGGAUGAAGGUUCAUGAGGCCCGAAGACAGCAAACAUGUCGAUAAAGGCGUCAAGAAUAAAUGGCGCUGGGCUUGGAUAGAGGAGAAUGGGAGCAAUGUGGCAAUAGAUAGUUACAAGAUAGUUAAUAGGGUUAUUUUCAAAUAAUGUUUCCGUUCCGGAAACGGGAAAAUGUUCAGGCUCAGAAUUUUUUUCCACUAUCAGCCCUGCGUACAUCAUGUCAGUCUAUCAGGUUUAUUAGUUUGAUGUCAAGUGUUUAUUUGCACAAUUACUCACAGUCAUGUUAGUUUUUCUUUAUAAUAUAACAGCUUUGAAAGAACAAUAUACCAUUAAAGUAUUACGCAUCAUCAUUAUGGAUUAUCCGCUUUAGCAAAGUCUUUUUUUCCAUAAAUUAUAUUUCAAAUAGAUUGCUCUUUCGGAAGGCAUUUUUUUUUACAAGAUCACAUUCCAGAAUGGGUCAAAAACAGUUUUCCUACACUGUUCUGGAUAGUAUGGAUCAGACUAUUUCCAGGAGUAAUACAGUAUAUAUAUAUAUAUAUAUAUAUAUAUAUACAUACACACAGAAAAAACUAAAUCAUUAGGGUUAGACAUUCAUAAAAUUCUUUAAUGCUGCAAAUUGCGUCACCGCCAGCACUCCUCUCCAUUUUGUCGAACAUUCCCCAUGCAAACGAUCGACCUGAAUGUUACUUUUACUCUUGUUUUAUCUAAAUGCCUCUCCCAGAGAGAAUUUAUCAUGAUAGCUCACAUUAUAUUAUUAUUUCUUGAGUAAAAGAACUGAGAUUUUAGCUGUUCUAAUCAAGGUAGAAAGUCCAGCACCUCUUGAAAAAUCAUCUCAAGUUAGUACCAGUGGAUUUUCAGCUUUGCCUCAGAGAGUCUGAACCUGUGACGUGUUGGUUUAUAUUGUCAGAGUCAAAUUAGAAGUUGUACAACAGAGGCCGGUGACGUUAUCAGAAUCACAUAAAUUGCACCGACCUCGAAACAGAACAUAUGGAAAACGGACGAUCCUUGCAACGAGUGACUGCAAAUCAAGGCACUUGGACGUAUCAUGAGCAUGUCAUGUCAGCGGUUACUGUGUUCCUCGUGGCUUUGAAGGUUUUGGUCAUCAUGCCUUUGUAACAUGUGCAUUGAAGGCAGGCUGGGAAGGUAACACCACCUGGCAGCCGUGAGCGGGUGAAUUUUGUCUCCCUAGUUGAUGUUGUUGUUGUUUUUUUUUUUGGCAGGUCAUCUGUUUUGAGGCGCUCUUCUAGUCCACAAUUUGCCUGGUAAAAUGGCUCAUGAAUUAUGGAUCUGUCAGCCACUGUCGCCAGGUGGAAAACGAAUGGAAUGAAAAUCAUGAAGCAUUAGAAACGUGCUGUCUGACCUCUGCUGGCCCAAAAUGAGAAAGGCAGACUGAAAAAAACAAACAAAAAACAAACAAAACUGUGGUUGUUAGUACUGUAUUUGUAGUAAUAUUGAGUACAUUAUUCUAAUUUUAUAUCUUCAUUAUUUUUUGAAAGCAAAAGAGGACUUAACCACAUUUGAGUAGAUUUACAUUUUUUCAAGCUAUAUGAUGAGUUUCUAUACUGAUGAACGUUUGCAGUCAGGAAUGAGGACUAAUACAAAUGUGUUUUUCGAUGUCACUUCCAGUAUGAAGCCAAAUACUGGAGCAAAGUUACUGAGAACAACGUGCUGCCAUGGAUUGUUUUGUCUGAUUCACUGAAAUUUGUUUCUCCCCAGGCAUUUCAUGUUGUGUUGAAGAUUUCUUAGACAUUAAACUCUACAUGGUUGGAAGUGGA